ACAUGGAUAUCACUUAUACUUGGCUGCUGUCAAGGGAACGGCCGAAAGGCAAAGAAGUCGUGAAAUUUAGUAAUCCUUUUGAUCCUAAGGAUCUUCCAGAACCCUCUGACAUCCAAAUGGUUCUCAAUGGGUCUACAAACAGCUUUAGGAUACAUAAUCUUUAUCCGAGAUAUUUUCGUGUUACCGGUUCUGGUGAAGUCAUAACUUUCGAGCCAGAGGUAAACUCAUUUGCUAGUUCAGUGAGUGCAUAAAUUGUAACCAA